AUGGAGAGACAAUACGGAGCUCCAUAUAUUGUCGUCCAUCGAGCAGUGCUACAUAAUAUUCUUCACAGACACGCUGUUCACUCUGGGGAGGAGAUCAUGCUCGAUAGUCAAGUCGUCAAAUAUGACUUCGAGGCUGGAAUCAACUCUACUACUCGCUCUCAGCUUUUGCAAGAAGCCGACCCAGAUAUCAAACCUACAGGCUGGGCUGCGUUCAGAAUGAUGGCGGAGAUAUCCAAGAUCAAGGAGUACCCCGAAAUGACGGAUCUGGGAAUCGAUAUCCUUCAAACUCGAACUUCUGGAUUGCACCGGGUGGGUCCUGUAUGA